CACUCAGUUUUUCCCGAAAAGCUGAACCCGACGACCCCGUUCGUCAUGCCAAUCUUCAAGAAGAAAUACGACGAAAAAAUCACGAAGAAAUACGAUCUCAAAGAGGUCCUCGGCAAAGGUGCCUUCUCUGAAGUUGUUCUAGCAAAAGAGAAAGCAACAGGAAAGCAGUAUGCUGUCAAGUGCAUCGACAAGAAAGCUCUGAAGGGAAAAGAAGAUUCACUCCAGAAUGAAAUCACCGUUUUGAAAAAAGUGAGGCAUCCCAACAUCGUCCAACUCAUUGAUUUGUGUGACAAUAAGACACACCUCUACCUCGUCAUGGAGCUAGUCAGUGGAGGCGAGCUGUUUGAUCGCAUAGUUGCUAAGGGCAGCUACUCAGAGAAAGACGCAAGCACAUUAACUAAGCAAAUUCUCGAGGCCGUGAAUUAUCUUCAUAUAAUGGGCAUCGUACACAGAGACCUGAAACCGGAGAACUUGUUGUAUUACAGUGAGGAUGAGGACUCGAAGAUUAUGAUCAGCGAUUUUGGAUUGUCGAAGAUGGAUGUUGAUCAGAUGGCGACUGCAUGUGGAACACCAGGAUAUGUUGCACCAGAAGUUCUGCAACAAAGACCUUAUGGGAAAGAGGUGGACAUGUGGUCUAUUGGUGUCAUAGCAUACAUCUUAUUAUGUGGGUAUCCACCUUUUUAUCACGAAAGUGAUCAAGAGUUGUUUGCUCAGAUAAUGAAAGGAGAGUAUGAGUUUGACUCACCGUAUUGGGACAACAUUUCAGAUUCAGCCAAAGACUUCAUUCGUCAUUUGAUGGAAAUGGAUGUCAAGAGGCGAUUCACGUGUGAACAAGCACUCGGACAUCCCUGGAUAUCUGGUGAUACAGCAAAGACUGACAACAUUCAUGCUCUCGUCUCAGAGCAGAUAAAGAAGAACUUUGCAAAGCUUAUGUGGAAGAAAGCACAACACGCGGUUGCCGCCACUCUGAAGAUCGCCAAACUCGGUUUGAGCAAAUCUCAGGAAGACUUGACACAUUUGGACAAAGACGAGACAGAAGAUGCCACAGAUUGUGGAGAUGAUGAUCCGCGAGAGCCAAUAACUGUUUGAUUUUUGAUCUUUUAACUUCCUUGGAGCUGCAUAGAGAUCAUGAUCAUUUCGUGUAGUUGUUAUUAUUGUAGACAAGGCAAAGCAUCUGUUUGUAGUUGAAUACACUAGCCUCUAGAUAUUAACUGGA